AUUAAUUGAACAAUUAAUACUAUAAAAGGUCAUACAACUCGUCAAUACUUUUUGAGAGAAAGAACAACAACAACAAAAAUGCUACAAAAUAUCAUAGAUUUUUGCAACUAUUGGUGGUUUCGCUAUUUAAUGGUUACUGAAUUGUACAUGGUGGAGAAAUGGGAACGCGUAACAAUACAUGUGAUAUUUGCAGUAUUAUUUAUUCUUUUUUGGUACUUUAACUAUUCCGUGCUACUCUCCUUCACUGGCAGUUUAUUUGGCAUAACACCCAUAUCAUCAAUAAUGGAUCAACAGAGUAGUAAGCUCGUCGUAUAAUAAGCUCUUAUAUAAGUUAAUUUUUAGGAACAUCUAUAAAGAAAACUGUUUGCUUUUAAACAUACACAUGUAUUAAGUUCCACAAGUAAAUUACAUUAGAAGCAUAUUGGUUAUAAGAACGUAUUAUAGUAUAUAAAUGAACAAAAAUUAAAUGCUCUAUUGUAAUUUGUACUUUAAAAUAAAAUAUGUAACUGAAAAAUCUGUUGAAAAAAGAAGCCUUUAAAAUUACUACGUCACCUUCAACACAUACGAUUGUUUAUUGUUAUUUUUUUGUUUAUGAUUUAAUUUAUUCACUAAACUAUGUUAAAAUUAAAUCUAUGUUACUCUUUCAUAUUAGCCCACCUUUAUCUAGUAGCUUCUUUGUAAUGCAAUCUUUUACACACUACUAAAACAAUCAUAGACUUUUGGAUUUUGUAAAUUACAUUAAUUAAUGUUUAUAAACGAUUUGUAAAAUAAAAAUCUAAACAAUUAAAGAAAAUUAUUAAUUAAAUACACAAAAGUAAUUCACGUUACCGUUUUAACUUUCGCACAAUCACAACAACAACAUACAUCAUACGUAUGGUUGUUGUGAAAAAUUUCGUAUUAUUGCAAGGCUAAAAAACGGUAUCGUGAAUUAUCUUAAUAUUUUUUUGUUAAAAUGUAUGUAUAUGAAAUAAAUAUUUUGUAAGCUAAAUUUUCAUUAAAUAAAAUAUUAAUUUAUAACUUGA